GAUGCGUAAUGGCCGAUUGUCAUUUUGUUGGCUGUGUGUGCAAAAAGUACAUUUUCGUGUAAAAUCCCGUGAAAAUUCGCAUGAAUCAUCAGGAAAAGAUAUGCAAGGAUAAACUGUGAAAUAUUCUAAGGUGAUUCCCUUUGCGAAUUUCCCGUGAAUGUGGGUGUAAAAGUGAAAAAUGCUGAUUUAGAGACGUAAAACACAUUUUUGAAGCUUGAAAAUUCCUUGAAUCAGAAGCAAAAAAAUAAUUAAAAAGAAGCAGAAAAAAGAACAAAAAAAGAAAUCUUAGAGGAUUUAAAAACUUUACGGAAAAUCAUGCGGAAGCCACCAUUUUUGGUGCAAUGCUCCUGGACGUGUGGGAAAGGCGAAAGUCACUGGCCAGGCGAGGUUUAGGCUUCAUCGUGGAUGCGAUGACGCGCAAAAGGAGACCAGCACGUGCGUGCAGUAGAGUCCCGAAGGAGGCAGCAGCAGCAAACUAUGUGAAGGAAACAUUCUACGAAUCCCUCAUUGAGACACGAUCGAGCAAUAAUCGGGGAUUCGUGGGCAAAGUGGCGAAGAAGAAUUGCUUAGAGGUGGACAGCAGGGGGGAGGAGGUGGUGUACGAGAAUGGCCCAUCCCUGCGUUCGAAGAGAGAAACAUGCAAAAGGAUUAACUACACGGAACCUAAGGAUGACGAAUGCCUGAUUGAGCGACGAAAAGGGAAGCCCCUUUACAAGGUGAUCGAUAAAUCCAUGUCGUACACAAAGCAACACGUACACACGGGCAGGGAUCGUUUCCCCGGACGCCCAAAACCCAAAGUCCUCUCGAAUCUCGUGGCGAAGAUUAAGAAGAGACGCAAAACCGAAUUGUCCGUGUUGAGUGAUGAAGCGGACAAUUUUAUGUUUCCCCGGACAACACGAGAUGCCGACACGGAGGACAUUGACACAAAGAUUGAGAUGCUGAACCAUGAAAUGGGUGAAACAGCGUCAACAACGCGCAAAGAAGUUGCCGCCGCCCCGCCCAAUGGCCUCAGACCCAGCAGACGGAAGAGGAAUCACGUCAAUGCCAGUGCCGAAGGGGCAACAGAGCGGCAUCCUGCGCCGCAUGAUGUGGAGGUGAAACAGGAAAUUCCGGAGAUUCCAAAUCUCACGCGAAUCAUUGGGAUGGAUGAGGUGGUGAGGCAUCGAUUUGCCUUCGAGAGGGUGCCAACGACUGAACCGUGGUACGAUGCAUUCCUGCGGCAGGACGAGGGGCGUGAGAGGGUGUUUGAGUACUACGGGAGUACGGCUUAUCGGAAAUUGCCAUUCGAAAUGGGUCCUCUGCCGCCGCUCCCCGCGAAUUGUUGCACCCUUGCGGCGUGUUCGAGUAAAACGCCGGCGGCAACGAAGACGUCAACGGAGACAAAGGAGGAGCCCAAGAAGACGAAGGAGGACCCCAAAGCAGUUCUUUCGGCUGCGAAGAAACGCCAUUUGCUGGACACAGAGUACCCACGGAAGAGUCCGCGUGAGCACGCCUCAACGCUGGCCAUUCUGAGUUGUUUGGUGCAGCAGCGGAAGAAGGAGGAGAGUGCCAGUGAGAGCGACAAGAAUGGGGCGUGCAGCGAUGGGAGUGAGUCGGUGGUGAUGAAGGAGAAGAGAAAAAAGACUGCCUCGCCAAAGAGGGUAUCCCGGGACUAUGUGAGCGUGGCGCAGCUCAAUCGUGAAAUUGAGGAGCUCCUCAGUGAUCCGACCAAUGAGAGCUUCGAGAGUGUGGACUUGAGUGUUCUUGAUGCGGAAUUUGUUCCACUCAGUGGGGCAAUGCCGGAUUUUGUGGAUUUGGUGGCAUCUGCUGCGGAAACUGCGACGGCAGAUGGCGCUGGGGCGGCAGAGUGCGCCAACGCCGCGACGUUGGCACUGAAGAAUGGUGGGACAAAGAAGCGCAAGAACAAUAGAACGGGAUGGCCAAAGUGUAGCAAGAAGGCACGUGGGGUGAGGAAGAGCACAAAUAGCGAUGGGGUGGUGAAUGUGAAGAGUGAGGACUUGUGCGGGGCUGUGGAGGCUGUAUCGCCGGAUAGUGAGAUUUUUACGGUUUCCUCGUCGACGGAGAGCCUCCAGAGUGGGGCGUUGAGUGAUGAUGUGGACGCCAAGACGGCGGCAACAAAGGACAGCGAUACGUUGAGCUUCAGUGCAAAGAGUUGCUUUAUAAGUGACGACCCCGAGGAGGUGAAUGGGACGACGACGCCAAGUGAAGAGGGCGGAGGUGGUGGGGGGAAGACAGAGAGCCCAAGCCCGUUGAGUCCGCGGGAGGAUGAUGAGGAGCGCCGGGGGAGACGGAGGAAUUUCUAUCAGCCAAUUAUUGCACUAAAUCGCCUCGAUACGCAACUUGUCUUCAAUUCCUACAGUCUGAGGUCAUCGGCUGUGACCAAGGAGACCAAGAGGGUGCCCAAGGGGAGCCCAAAAGGGCGAAAGACACGACGGGGAAGGAAGACAACGUACAGAUAGACGCCUAAGAGGAAUGGUCUGGCCUUAGAGAGUCCAUUACACAGGGAACAGCACAGAGCCAAACUCCUCCUGAGGUCCCUUUGCGUCCUGCAUGAAAAGGAAUUCUAGCUCACAAGCCAAGUUGGCAAGACGCAAUGAUUAAAGAAAAAAAUCUCUUAUAUCACACAAUAUUUAGCGAGUUCUUUUGUAUAGAAAAAAAUAUUCCUUCAUCGUUUUUUUUCUACCCUAUAUGUAUUCAAUUUUUUUUAAUUAAAAAGAAAAAAAAAGAUUUACAAAAAAAUAUUUUAUAUAAUUUAAGAUUUUUAUCUCGCUAUGUUGGUAUUAGAAAAAAGAAAAAACAAAAAACAAAAAAACCAUCUCUUUUCCCCGUGAAAAAAAAAAUGUGAAGAAAAAACCUUUUCUCUCAAAGCCUUCAAAGAAAAA